AUUCCAUGUGGGAUAAAAUAGCAGAGCUCUGCUGCACUCCUCUACGACGACAUCUGUAGCCAUGGAUUGGGCUCAUGUCCUGCCAUUCGCCUUGGUCUGCUGCUCUUUGGCCUUCGCCUCCCGUCAGUUCCACUACGUGCCUGAGGAGAAGACGUGGUCUGAGGCCCAGACUUACUGCCGUGAGAUGUACACCGACCUGGCCACCAUCUCUGACAGUGAUGACGCGAAGGGCCUGAACGAAGCCCGUCCUUCUACCCACACCAACGUCAACAGCAGCUACUGGAUUGGCCUCUACAACGACGUCCAGAGUGGUUACGGUAACUACUCGUCGGACUGGAAACGCGAUUACGAUGACUGCUACCUUUGUGUGGUUGUGUACAACUCUACGUGGUGGGGCGUGCCUUGCAACAGCACAUACCAGUUCUUCUGUCGCGUUGACACUUCGAGCUCGUCCCAAGAAUUUGUGUGGAUCGAGGAGCCAAAGUCCUGGAUGGACGCCCAGAGCUACUGCCAGGAGACCCACGUCCGCCCGCCCAGCGGGGUUGGCCUAGGAGAGACAGGCGUACUGGGGGAGAUGGCCGCAGACAUCGCUGUGUGGAUGGACGUCCAGGGCCAAGGCUGGCUGUGGUCGGACAAUAGCACUUCCUACUUCAGCAACUGGCCGAGCAACAACCUUCAGCUCCAGAGCGGAGAGAGGGCCUGUGGAGCAUUGGGAGGGUCCGUUACUACCGGUGGGCGCCUCGGCGACUGGGAGGCCCACAACUGCAACAAAACAUUGCCUUUCUUCUGCUACAAAACGGAAAAGAGGGAACAGAUUGUGAGAGUCCAUCUAGAGCUCAACUCCAUGGACAUUACCAAUGAUGCUGGAUUUCAGCAGGCUGCUCUGCAACAGAUAAAGCUGAGGCUGAGGGAGAAGGGCCUGCCACGAGACGCGACGCUGAGCUGGAGGAUACAGCCCAGUGGAAAGAUAUUCCAGGAGGACAAGAAGAGCAAGGAUGGAGAGAAUAAGGAGAGCAGGAAUAGGAAGAAGAGGAGCACAGACGAGUUGUGAACGACGAGAAGAGGGAAUAUGAGUGCCGCAUAUUGAUACUUGCAUACUGUAUAGCUCAAAUAUUUUGCUGUGGUGUUUUUCUAUGCUGACAUCAUGUGAAUUAUAAAAAGUAAAGACAUACCCAGUAAAAACAUAGAGUUUAUGUGAACACUUGGACCAAAUACACUUAAGAAGAUUUUAAAAUCAACUCUAAGUGUUGAAUUAAUUCUGCAUUUUUACUGUGUAGGAGGCAAAUAGAUAAGCAUAAUCUUUAACAAAUUAUUCAAUAGCUGAGUAAUAUUGUGUCUUCACUUUAGAUUUGAUGUAUAAAUUCAAGAAAGUAACAGGUAGAGGUGAAGCAGAGAGGAGUUGGGAAUAGAGAGAGGAGACGGUAG